AUGGAUUUUAGUUCUGCUCGCUAUUAUGGCGAUUCUUACCUGGAAUUUCAAGGCUUGUAUUUAAACAUGCAAAACUUCAUCCACUUGGAAUUUAAGACCUAUAAACCUGAUGGACUCCUCCUCUAUAUUGAAGAGAGCCCAAAAAGAAUAGGACAGUUCUUAAUUCAGCUUUUCAUCAGACAUGGCGUCUUGCAGUACCAGUUUUUAUGUGGUAAAGCAGCAGAAGUCAAAAACAUCACAACUACUGCUAGAGUGGAUGAUGGACACUGGUAUAAAGUGCAGAUUAGGCAAAGCAUGGUACCAUGUGAAGCAGAAAUGUUGAUCCUGGAGAUAUCUGCAAAGACAAGAUCGCCUAGCAAUUUCUCGUCCAGUUCAUAUGGGCUUGAAACUGGGUCCAUGUUUGUUGGUGGUUUGCCUUAUUAUUCUGCAAUAAAACAGAACAGAAGUCAAGGAACUUUAAGAACUAUGCAACCUCAGGCCAUCUGCGGAGAAGGCCUUGAUUCAGCCAUCUUGAAUCAGAAUAUGGAAAACAGAAAAAUAGAACUAUGCCUCUCCGUGCAUGGGGAAAUCAAACUGCUGAAGCCUCUGUAUCUGAAAUUAAAGGAGUAUGGCAAGAAAAGCAGAAGAAACUUGGAGUCUCCUGCUGAACCUGAAUGA